AUUAAACAAUUUUUAAAUACACAUUGAACAAUUUUCUGAUAUACGCUAAACAUUUUCUUAAAUACGUUUGGACAUUUACUCAAUAUACGGUGAACACUAUUUUUAAACUCAACAAUGAAUUUCGUAUAAUACACGAAAAAGGGAAAAAGGAAAAUGAAAAAAAAGAAAGAAACAUAAACAGAAACAGAAAAAAAAACAGAGCGACCGUGGGCCGGCCAAACUGGGCGGCGAAGGCACGUCAAAUAGGAUCUGCCCCACGGCAUAGCCCAGUAACAUGACCCCUCGAAAAAAAAGCCCAGUUACAUUUUUUCUGAUUGACGGCCUACAGGGGCAUUUUCGGACAUUCGCCUAAUCAUCCCCUCGUGCUGUCGCUGUCCACACUAAACGGAAGAGGGAGGAUUCCAGAGGCUUCCGGAGUUGGACCGAAGCUUCUCCACGCUUCUCUUCUCCCCUGUCCACCCAGUCCCUCUCCCCCAUCGAGCUCAUAUAUCUCCCGCCAUCACACUCUCGUUUGCCACAACCACAAGCCCAACUGCACGGCGAGCGGGAUUGGAUCAGUCAGUAGCGGCGCUAGAGAGAGGUAACAGAGGGAUUGGAUUGGUGGCUGGCACUUUGAUUUGCUUAGCGCGCGACGAAGCAAGCUAAGCGAGCGCGAUGGUGGUGCUCAUGGAGUACGCCCCCGGCGUCGGCGCGACCAUGAAGAGGAAGGGAGAGGAGGAGCCGGGGCUGUUCGCGUUCCCCGAUGACGGCGACGGCGGCAGCGUUCCGGUUUCCUGCCGUGCCACCAAGAUGAGGCGUCUGGAGGGUGCCGGCGCCGGCCACGAUGUGCCGGCGGCAGCGGCCGUUGAGACGGAGGGCGACGUAAUGAUGGCGGAGGAGCCGCCGGCGCCGUCCCUCGGGGCCGUGGAAGGGGAAAAGAGGGCUGUGGUGGUGUACGGCCCGGCAGUCGACGCCGCGUGCACUGGUGGCCGGCUCGGCCUUCUCGGCCAAUGGCGGCUCCGCCCGUGGGCGCCCCUGAGCGCCGGCGCCGAGUGGAUCCGUGACAUGCUGCGCGAGGCGGAUGGCCGCACGGUGCGGGCGGUGCUGUCCAGCGCUCAGGAAGGGGGCGGCGCCGACCUGGCCCUGGUCCCUUGGGGCGCCGCACACGUGCCGGCAGAGGCGAAUCAGGCGUCCACGGCCGCGGAGACGGUGGACGGGGAAGAGGACGCCGAGGGAACGGCAGCGAUGGACGUCGAAGAGGAGAGGGACCAUCAUCAGGCCCAGGCGGUCGGGGCCGGCUGCGGUGAGGGGUACUUGUGCCGGUGGCCGCAGCACUGUAUGGCGCCGCCUCCGUUGCCGGCGGUUCGCCAGGCGACCCCGGCUGUGUGGUCGUGGUGAACCGCGCGUGGCUGGACGACUACGACCGACGGAAUUGAUAUGUUCCUCUUUGCCGAUGCGUGUCGCGUCGAUUUGUGUUUGUGGUGUCCAGUUCGUCGAAAUCAGAGCAAGAUCAUCUCUUUUCUGACGGAAAGACCUUCCUGCCCAGCUUUAUUAAAAUUCAAAUAAUGCUAAGAAUGAAAUCUGGAUCUGGUGGUGCCUCCACCAUUCAAA